AUGAUGAGAAACAUUACAGCAGCAGCUGCAAUCCUCGUGUUACUGACUGGACUUCAUGCUCAGCCCAGUGUAACUUUCUCCACUCAGAGUUUCUGUGCUGUUGCUGAUUCUUCAGUAAAAAUCCCCUGUACAAUUACAAAACCUGCUCACUCCAAUGUCACACAGAGAGAGUGGUAUCGAGUCCAGAGCUCUGAAGGAGAAGCACAAGACCUGAGUAAAGAUCCACAAUAUUCAGGACGACUUGAAUUCUGGCCAUCUGACUGUGCGCUGUCAGUGAAAAAUGUGAGUGUGAGUGACUCUGGAGUUUAUAACUUUAGAUUUAAAACACAGAGCAGUGACUGGAUAUCAGCGCCAUCUGGAGUUCAUCUGACUGUUACAGAUUUGCAGGUGAAGGUGGAUCCUAACACUGAAGGACAGAGAGAAGUAAAACUGACCUGUAGUUUCACCUGCAGUCUCAGUCCAUACAAUUUCCACUGGUACAAGAAUGGCCAAGAGUUAAAAAAGAAAAAUGACAAAUUCAUUGUCCUCGACUCGACUAGUCUACAUGAUGAAGGCAGCUACUCCUGUAGGGCGUAUGAGAGUGAACGUCGCUCUCCUCCAGUGUGUGUAAUAAGUAAGGCGUGUUGGCGUGUGACUUACACUCCUGAUCAUGUGUGUGCUCUGAAAGGCACAUCGGUUGAUCUCUCCUGCUCUUAUACGCACCCUGCAGAACACACAGUGAGAACAUCAGUGUGGUUCAUUAAACAGAAGGCUGAUGGUGAGCCUGUGGAUGUGAGAGAGGAUGAGGAGUAUCAGGGCCGAGUGCAGGACACACAGAACUCUCAGAAUAACUGUAGUCUGAGAAUCACUAACCUGAGAGAGACAGAUGCUCAAACAUACAGAUUCAGAUUCUACACUGAUGGAUGUGAUUACACUGGAGAACCUGGAGUCACUCUGUCUGUUACAGAUUUGAAGGUUACAGUAUCAAACUGGACUGAUCAGGACAUGGAGCUGAGCUGUAACACCACCUGCACUCUGUCUAACAAUCCCACUUACAUCUGGUACAAGAACGGACAGCAGGUGAAUGAGAGUAAAUCUGCCUCCUGCUCUGUAGCUGCAGUCAGUGGUGAAGUCAGUUACAGCUGUGCUGUUGAAGGCCAUGAGAGUCUCCGAUCUCCUCCAGUGUAUUCCCCUAAAAACACCAGAGCAGUGGUUCAUCCAUCUGGAGACCUAAUGGAGGGGGAUUUAGUGACUCUGAGCUGUAGCAGUGAUGCAAACCCUCCUGUUCACAACUACUCCUGGUUUAAGCAGAGAGAAUCUACAGACACACUGCUGACAACAAGCCAGAAUUACAGCAUCAGCGACAUCAACACCAAUCACAAUGGAUUCUACUACUGCACUGCUCACAACCAGCUGGGACGUCACAACUCUACACCCGUACACCUGAAUGUGUUAGGAGUUCAGGCUCAGCCCAGUGUAACUUUCUCCUCCCAGAGUCUCUGUGCUGUUACUGGAUCUACAGUAAAAAUCCCCUGUACAUUUACAAAACCUGAUCGCUCCAGUGUCACACAGAGAGAGUGGUAUCGAGUCCAGAGCUCUGAAGGAGAACCACAAGACCUGAGUAAAGAUCCACAAUAUUCAGGACGAGUGUAUGUAAGCACAUGGGGGUAUGGCAGUGAGCUGACAGUGAGCAAAGUGAGACUGAGUGACUCUGGAUUUUAUAACUUUAGAUUUAAAACACAGAGCAGUGACUGGAUAUCAGCGCCAUCUGGAGUUAAUCUGACUGUUACAGAUUUGCAGGUGAAGGUGGAUCCUAAACCUGAAGGACAGAGAGAAGUAAAACUGACCUGUAGCUCCACCUGCAGUCUCAGUCCAUACAAUUUCUACUGGUACAGGAAUGGCCAGUACCCUAAAUAUACAUAUGAUAACUUCAUUGUCCUUGACCCAACUAAUGAACAUGAUGAAGGCAGCUACACCUGUAAGGUGUAUGAGAGUGAACACCGCUCUCCUCCAGUGUGUGUAAUGAGUAAGGCGUGUUGGCGUGUGACUUACACUCCUGAUCAUGUGUGUGCUCUGAAAGGCACAUCGGUUGAUCUCUCCUGCUCUUAUACGCACCCUGCAGAACACACAGUGAGAACAUCAGUGUGGUUCAUUAAACAGAAGGCUGAUGGUGAUCCUGUGGAUGUGAGAGAAGAUGAGGAGUAUCAGGGCCGAGUGCAGGACACACAGAACUCUCAGAAUAACUGUAGUCUGAGAAUCACUAACCUGAGAAAGACAGAUGCUCAAACAUACAGAUUCAGAUUCUACACUGAUGGAUGUGAUUACACUGGAGAACCUGGAGUCGCUCUGUCUGUUAAUGAUCUGAAGGUUACAGUAUCAGACUGGACUAAUCAGUACAUGGAGCUGAGCUGUAACACCACCUGCACUCUGUCUAACAAUCCCACUUACAUCUGGUACAAGAACGGACAGCAGGUGAUUGAGUGUAAAUCUGCCUCCUGCUCUGUAGCUGCAGUCAGUGGUGAGGUCAGUUACAGCUGUGCUGUUGAAGGCCAUGAGAGUCUCCGAUCUCCUCCAGUGUAUUCCCCUAAAAACACCAGAGCAGUGGUUCAUCCAUCUGGAAACAUAGUGGAGGGGGAUUUAGUGACUCUGAGCUGUAGCAGUGAUGCAGACCCUCCUGUUCACACCUACUCCUGGUUUAAGCAGAGAGAAUCUACAGACACACUGCUGACAACAAGCCAGAAUUACAGCAUCAACAACAUCAACACCAAUCACAAUGAAACGUACUACAGCACUGCUCACAACCAGCUGGGACGUCACAACUCUACACCUGUACACCUGAAUUUGUUACGUGAUGAGGUGUGGAAGCUCCAUGCUGCAUGGGGAGCUGCUGUACUCGUUCUUACUCUGCUUCUUCUUAUUGCUGUUCUGGUCAUUAUGAGGAAGAGAAUAGCAAAUAGAGACACUGACAUUCAGAGGGCUCCGGCACCUGAAGGCGACACAUACACAACACUGCAGCUCAUGGCGAUGUCCCCAGAUUAUGAUACUCUGCAAAAUAUUAAAAGCUCUGUCAAGAGCCAACACCGAACCCUGCAGCCACGUCCUUAAUUAUGACACACUGACGUGUGUGGCUACUCGUCUCAGUCAGGAGAAUAUUAUUCAAAAAUUGACUUUUAGUUCACAUUGAGGAUCAUAAACAUCACAGGAAGGAUGCAAGAGGUUAAGAAUAUGUUACACAGCAUCAAGACAUUAUAUUGUUAUUGAAGCAUCUCCUUUUUUAUUGUCUUUUCACAUUUUUAUAUAUCAAAUACAUGCACAUACAUAUAUAAUGUGUUUAGUGGCCUUCCUUUUUGCUCUAUAUUCUACCGAUUUAGCUUUUUCUCCUACUUGUUAAUUCACAUGCUUGAUUUCAGUUCAUGUGCACAUUGUUUCAGGCAGUUCUGUUCUGUUGAUCUCAUUUUUAUUACUCUAUUUUUAUCUUUAUUUUUGCUAAACAUUUUAUAGCUUUGUUUGCUGUUGUCUGAUCCUAUAUGUUAUUUUCAUGGGCUGUAAAUCUGCACUGAAAAUCUGGUUAAUGAUGAUAACUGAUAAGUAAGCAGUUUUAUCCUCCUUCAAAUAGAAAACUUACAAUAAGAAUUUCAUAAAAUGUAUGAGUUUACAUAUCAAGUGCCAGGAUUCAGGGAUUUUGUAUU